GAAAAAGAUAUUGGAUAUUGAAUAUUGGAUACUUAAGGUUGAACUCUCCGGGAGUUGUGAACGUGGUCAUUCAACAAUACUCUAUACUCUUCUGGUCUUGAUUAUCAUUUUGUCUUGAUCUCAUGCUUGAGCAUUUUCUGAUCGCUGUCGAUAGCUUCUUCUGUUAAAUUUAAGUGCGUUCUAUGUGCUUACAGGGUCGUGGACUCAGCGUUUCUCUUGUUCUCUCGUCCUCCAGAUUACUUCACUCACUACUCUUCACACUUCCCCAUCACACUAGGCGCCUUCCUGCUAAACUCAAACUACCAAAAGGCUGAAUUUACAUUAUUUUCCCGGAUGUUGUUCUCCAUAUUAUCAUUAUAUUUGUCCAAUAUUUUCUUCGGUUCACUAAGCUUAAGCUGUUUACUGGCUUUGGAAGUGAAACCUCAUAUUAAUAAUCACAACGUCGUUGAUGGUAGUGGUGAUAAUAUUUUCUGGUUUGUACAAAUCACAGAUUUGCAUUUUAGCAAGUUUGGUCAUAAAGAUAGACAGGCAGACUUCUUUGAGUUUUGUUCUAAACACAUUCCUGUGAUUCGACCUGAACUUGUGAUUGCAUCAGGUGAUAUCACUGAUGGCAUGGGUAAGAUGUUAUCGUUGUCUUCACAAAACCUUGAGGAGUGGAAGGACUAUUCGUCACUUUUGAAACAAUCAGGAGUACUAAAGUUAACUAAGUGGCUCGACGUCCGAGGGAAUCACGAUUGUUUUGACGUUCCAUCGUCUGGAGGUGAUGGCGAUUAUUACAGUCAGUUUGGAGUACACAGCCGACCUCCAUUAAAGUCACAAAUAUCCAAACUAACAAAACCGUAUGGUCAGUAUUCAUUCAUAAGCGUUGAUUUGACCCCUGAUCCUGGGAUUAAAUGGCCUUUCAAUUUUUUUGGUAGCUUUAAUUUGAAUGUUAUGGAACAGUUGUUAAAGUCGAUUGAUGAAGCCAAAGAUAGUAACCAAACGUUUAUAUUUGGGCAUCAUCCAACUUCCACAGUUGUUUCAAGUGAUUUGGAUUUACGUUCAGUGAUUGGAGAUAGUGCAUUUGCCUAUUUGUGCGGUCAUCUGCAUACACUUCAUGGAAUGGCCAAAAAUAUGUAUUUUUUACAGCCUCAAGGAUUUUGGGAAUGGGAAUUAGGUGACUGGCGUGCGAGUCGUUACUACCGAAUUGUAGCCGUUGAUAAUGAUUUAGUUUCGUUUGUGGAUGUGACGAAAUCCUCACCUAAUGGUUCAAACGGAGAAUGGCCAAUUGUUCUAAUCACAAAUCCUAAAAAUGCCAACUUUGUACUCCAAAAAAAAGAACCAUUUCACAGGAUCGAGUUUUCUACGCACAUAAGAAUCCUAGUUUGGUCAUUGUCACCUAUUCUAAGAGUUUCUGUAUCGAUCGACGGUAUUCAUCAAGGAUUCGCUCAACCUGCUAAUUCACUUGAAAGUGGUAGUUCAACACCUUUAUAUGUACUUCCAUGGAAUACAUCACAUUGGUUAAGCGAUCCGUAUUCAUUUCAUGUGAUUGAAGUCACAGCUCGGGAUGCCAGCGAUAAUCAACGUACAGUUAUUCAAUCUUUCAGUUUUCGGAAUCAUGCUGUUUUCCCUAUUGGGCUCUUAUCGAAAUUUAUGGUUGCCACUAAUUUUCCAGUGAUUAUUUCUGCGUUAUACUAUACUAUAUGGUUGACAAUAUUCACGUUUGUAGUAUCGCCCUUUUUCAUUCGUCGUCCAACCUUACUUUUACGUCUGUUUCGUACAAGACUUUGUAGCGGUAUGUAUCGAAUAUCUUCAACCAAGAAACUAUUAUUUCCUAUCUUACUGUUCAUGGUGUAUCAAAUUUCAUAAACACUAAAAUUUAAAAACCCUAUCAGAUUUAUGUGCAAUCGUUCCAAAAAUAGAAAGACUCACUGGCUCUUGUACAAUUUAUUCAAAUUUAUGCGCCACAGCAGUGUUUUUCAUUGAAAUUCAACAAAAGUAUAGUUUAACUGAUUUAUGUUUUGUAGUUUUUUGAUAUUGCAUUGUUCAGUAGAGCUUUCAUUGAUGUAGGUCAUUGGUGCACAAGUGUGACGUGAUAGAAAAUGUAACCUGUUGUCUUGAUUGACCUCAAUCGAUCGUGUUAUGCAAUUUUAUCAGUGUUUUGAUGGCACAAAUGUUGUAUCGCCUUGUUUAAAUGAUAUAAAUUCUUUGGUAUUGUAGAUUUUGAAUUAUGAAUAUGAGUUUAAUAUUUCUUGUCAGAGUGUGAUUUCUCUGUAGAUUGUUAAAAAGUUACACCCUACUUUAUUUGUGUUUUUUCUGUAACACAGAAUUAUUGAUUUAAUAGUGUUUAGAACAUUAACUACAUUUUACACUUGUAAAUAUAAUACCUAUCUUAAAUUUCUUUUCCUCUCUAUUUAAAGGUCCACUUUUCAUAGGUUAUUUAGUAGCUGAUAAACUUGGCUGUUUUUUUUCAUUCGGUAUUUAUAUUGACGGUACUUAUAUUCCAGAAAAACUGACUUAUGUGUUUGCAGCAGCCCAGUUACUUGUGUUUGGACUAUAUUUAUUAUUGUGUGCUUAUUAUUAUGGUUAUCGACAAUAUGAUACAGUUUAUCCAUUGAAUGAUAAAGAACCGACGAAACAAUAUGCAAAUAAAAUUCAUUUACCGAAACUUUAUUCUUCACCUUUAUUAAUUGCAUUAAUUAUUUAUGUAUCAUGUCAGUUAGUGUCUAAUUUAAUUUUGGUUUGGUUACCUUUUGGUUUUGUAGCGGCACUUUUAAGUCCAGGGCUAAUAAUGCCUGCAUGUGUUGCAUGUAUUUUAUUUAUUUAUUGUCCACGACCUAAUCAUCCGAAAUACUGUGUUCAAUAAAUGUUCAUUUCUUUUUUUUGUAUGAUAUAAAUGUUGAUUUGAUUUGAUAGAACAAUGAAUCUAAUUCCUUUAUUUUUUUUUCCUUUAUUCUCACUGAUUGAUUGAUUGUAUUUCAUUGUUUUCUUGAUUGUCAAAUAAAUUUUUUUUU